UAAUACAGAUGUCUACGACUUUUCACCAAAGGUUCAUCAUCACAUGUGAUUAUCAACUUCAAUCUUUAAAUACCACAUCUCCAUUUCCAACUUUUUCAUGCAUUCAGUGUCUCUCUUCAUUGCAAAGCACCAAGUAGACAUGGGUUUCCCCUCUGUCCUAAUGCUUCAAUUUGUCAUUUCACUUGGUUUCAUUGCUUCCAAAAGCCUAUUUCUUGCUGUUGAUUCCUCUACUUUGAGCAUUGAGACAGACAAGGAGGCCUUGAUCUCUUUCAAGUCCCUCAUAGAGUCACCUAACCCUCUAUCUACUUGGGACCAAACCUUGUCACCCUGCAACUGGACCAGAGUCACCUGCAACAAAUUAGGCCAGAGAGUGGUUGGGCUUGAUCUUGCCAGCCUAGGGCUAAAAGGAUCCAUAACCCCUCACAUUGGCAAUCUUUCCUUCCUUAGAUCACUUCAACUCCAAAAUAACCAAUUGACAGGAACAUUUCCUCGCCAACUUGGCAAUCUUUUUCGUCUAGCAGUCCUGAAUGCAAGCUUCAACACCAUCCAAGGUCCAAUACCGCCAACCAUAAGCCGGUGCGUCGAGCUUAGAACCCUCAACUUGAUGCAAAAUGAGGUUUCGGGGAGAAUCCCCGAAGAGAUCAGCCACCUAACGAAACUACAAAUUUUGAACUUGGCGGGAAACAAUCUUUCGGGCCCAAUUCCACCAUCCAUAGCCAACAUUUCAUCACUCACCAAUUUAAAUUUAGGCACCAAUACCCUCAGCGGCCCGAUACCUGGUGACUUGUCUCGUCUUCGAAAUUUGAAAUAUCUUGAUCUCACCAUUAACAACCUCACAGGCACAGUCCCUCCAUCAAUAUACAACAUGUCUUCCCUAGUUUAUUUGGCCUUGGCUUCCAAUGAUUUGUGGGGUAAUCUUCCUAGUGAUGUUGGAGUCACACUCCCAAAUCUUCUAGGUUUCAAUUUUUGCUUCAAUAAAUUCACUGGCACCAUUCCAGGGUCACUGCACAACCUCACAAACAUACAAAUCAUUCGUAUGGCACACAACCUCUUACAUGGAACUGUUCCACCAGGACUAGGAAAUCUUCCAGACCUACGUAUGUACAACAUUGGGUUCAAUAGGAUCGUUAGCUCAGGCGAUAAUGGUCUAAAUUUUCUUUCUUUGUUGACAAACAGUACCCGUCUCAACUUCCUUGCCAUCGAUGGCAAUCUUCUAGAUGGCAUAAUUCCAGAAUCCAUAGGCAAUCUUUCUAAGGUUCUUGGAAAACUAUAUAUGGGAGGAAACCGUAUUCGUGGCAGCAUACCUGCCUCAAUUGGUCAUCUGAACGGUUUGGCUUUGCUAAACUUGAGCUACAACUCAAUAUCUGGUGAAAUUCCCCACGAAGUAGGCCAGUUGGAGGAAUUGCUGAAGUUGGGUUUGGCUGGAAAUAAAAUUUCUGGAAAGAUCCCAAAUUCCAUAGGUGAUCUCAAAAAAUUGAUUGAGAUUGAUUUAUCAGGAAAUGAACUGGUGGGAAGCAUACCCACUAGUUUUGGAAAUUUCCAGGACUUGCUUUCAUUGGACUUGUCUAGUAACAAGCUCAAUGGAAGCAUACCAAGAGAAAUUCUCAAUCUUCCUAGUUUAAGCACUCAUUUGAAUCUUUCAAAGAACUUCCUUAAUGGACCUUUGCCUCAACAAAUUGGGAUCCUAGCUAGUGUUGUCUCAAUUGACCUCUCUGACAACCGUUUAUCGGGUCCCAUCCCCGAUUCAAUUGGGAAAUGUAAGAGCUUGGAAGAACUGUUCAUGGCAGAUAAUUUGUUCUCGGGUCGCAUCCCAAAUACUUUUGUAGAGGUGAAAGGUUUGCAAACUCUUGACAUCUCCAACAACAAUCUCUCCGGCUCAAUUCCAAGUGACCUACAAAAGUUGCAGGCCCUACAAGUGUUGAACCUCUCUUUCAACAACCUGGAAGGAGAGGUUCCCAUUGGUGGGGUUUUCUCAAAUCUCUCUAAAGUUCAUUUAGAAGGUAACCCAAAUCUCUGUUUCAGUUUGGCAUGUAAGAAAAUUCAUGGUCAUAUAAAAAGAUUAAUCUUGGUUUUUAUUAUAAUCAUCAUCGCUGCAAUCUUAGCACUAUCUUUAGCAAUUAGCUUGAUUUUCUACCUAAGGAAAAGACAAGCAAAGAUCAAAACCUCGUCUGAAUCCUUUAAGAGACCGCAUCAAAUGGUCUCUUACGACGAUCUUCGUCUUGCAACUGGAAAUUUCAACCAAGAAAAUCUGCUUGGAAGGGGGAGUUUUGGGUCUGUUUACAAAGGAAAUCUCAGGGAAGGAAGUCCCAUCGCAGUUAAGGUGCUUGAUGUGGAGAGGACUGGAUCAUGGAAGAGUUUUUUGGCAGAGUGCGCAGCUCUGAGGAGUGUUAGGCAUCGGAAUCUUGUGAAACUCAUAACAUCGUGCUCAAGCAUAGACUUCAAAAACAUGGAAUUUCUUGCUCUUGUGUAUGAAUUCAUGAGUAAUGGGAGCUUGGAAGAUUGGAUAAGGGGAAAGAGGAGACACACGAAUGGAGACGGGUUGAAUAUCGUGGAGAGAUUGAAUGUGGCCAUUGAUGUUGCUUGUGUUGUAAACUAUUUGCACCAUGAGAACGGAGCUCAAGUGGUGCACUGCGAUUUGAAGCCUAGCAACAUACUGUUGGAUGAAGAUAUGACUGCCAAGGUAGGAGAUUUCGGUCUGGCCAAGUUGUUGAUCAGCAGAACUCGUGACCAAAGUUCUAUCAGCUCUACGCGUGGCGUGAAGGGCUCUGUAGGCUACAUUCCUCCAGAGUAUGGGCUAGGAGAGAAACCAUCAACAGCCGGAGAUGUUUAUAGCUAUGGAAUUACAUUGCUGGAGCUUUUUACAGGGAAGACACCAACCGAUGAGAUCUUCACAGGAGGGUCAAGCCUGAAGGAAUGGGUGAAAAUGGCCUUCCCUGCCAGCAUAGAGCAAGUACUGGAUCAAGAUUUGCUGCCAAAUAAGGGUAGUCUUUGUCAUGAGGGUAAAUCCAUUUCUCCAGAAGCGCAGCACGAUUGCUUGAUCGCCCUGCUUGGUGUUGGGCUUUCUUGCACUGUCGAUUCUCCGAAUGGGCGCAUUAGCAUGAGUGAUGCUCUGUGCAAGCUGAAAAGCAGCAGAGACACUCUUCUCAAAUUUGAUCUUUUGCUAAGAAAAUAACUAUGACAUUAUGUCCU